GCAAACCCCUUCCAGCACCGGAUCUGCCGCGUGUUCUCCACCUCGGACAGUGGGGACGACAGCAUGUCCUUCGAAGACUUCCUCGAUAUGCUGAGCGUCUUCAGCGACUCCGCCACCUCCGACAUCAAGUCCCAUUACGCCUUCCGCAUCUUUGACUUUGAUGAUGAUGGGACUCUGGACAGAAAGGACCUGGAGAAACUGGUGAACUGUCUGACGGGGCAAGGCGAGGAGUCCCGGCUGAGCAACGCGGAGAUGGAGCAGCUCAUCCAAAACAUCCUGGAGGAGUCCGACAUCGACAAGGACGGCACCAUCAACCUCUCCGAGUUCCAGCACGUCGUCUCCCGCUCCCCAGACUUUGUCAGCUCCUUCAAGAUCGUCCUGUGA